UCGUGUUAAGUGUAAGUUGCGUAACAGAUGAAGUCAGUGAGUAUCGUCAAACAUUAGACAGAGUUUAUAAAGAAAUGUCGCGUAACAUAUAUAGUCAGAAUGAUAUUGUAUAUGUAAUGCAACCAACCCGUAAUCUCAUGCUCGCAAUAGGCGUCUGGCCAUCCGAAAACGAAGAAAUAUCCUUAUUCCGAAAAAUUUACAAUCUUUUUCUAAACUUUAGCACCAAUUUUCUUUUGGCCUGCGAUUUUAUACCCGGUGGCAUUUAUUGGCUGUUGGAAAAAUCAGUGCGUGUGCGACUACAGAUGAGUCCUCUUCUCCUAUACGUUAUCAUGGCUUCCUUUCAAUAUGAUGUUCUUCUAUUUCGCAAUAGUAGAAUCAGACAAUGUUGGAAGCAUGUUGAAGAAGAUUGGAAAAAUGUCCUCAGUAUGGAUGCGCGUAAUGUUAUGUUCAAGUGCGCGAAAUCUGCAAGGUUCCUGAUUUUUAUCUGUGCAAGCCUUAUGUACUCUGGCGCAUUUAUGUACCAUAUAAUAAUGCCAUUAUCUCAGAAAAAGAUUGUGAACGAUCAAAAUGUCACGAUUAGACCAUUGGCCUGUCCAGUUAAUUAUUUAUUCAUCGACACACAAGUUAGUCCCCUUUAUGAGAUACUGUUUAUAUCUCAGUCAAUAGCGGGAAUCCUUAUGGUUUCAAUCCCGACGUGUGCAUACUGCCUUAUAGCAACUUUCAUGGAGCAUGCUAACGGUCAGAUGAAGAUCUUGAUCUGCUUGAUGAAAAACCUCGUUCAGAACAAAUGGGAAAAAGAAAAUGAAAUAGAUAAGAAGAUAGCUAGAGUAGUCGAACAUCAAAUACGAGUACACAAUUUUGUUCAGAUGGUGCAAUACACUUUGCAAGAAAUAUGUUUAGUAGAAAUAAUGGCAAAUACCUUUCCCAUCUGCCUCGUGCUAUAUUUUAUAGUAUUGGCGGAAAAAGUAGCAAUUGAAUCCCGUGAACUCGAAUGGUAUCAUCUCCCAGAAAAGAAAAUGCGUAGUGUAAUUCUGAUAAUGAUCAUGUCUAACUAUCCACCGAAGAUCUGUGCUGGCAAAAUCAUGGAACUAUCAAUGAAGACGUUUGGCGAAAUUAUAAAAACAGCUGGAGCGUACUUUAAUAUUCUUUGUAAUGUUAUCGAGUAAAUGUGUUAAGUUGAAAUCAAAUUCAAAGUUGAAACUGAAAUCGAAACUGUGCCAUAAAUCGUCCACCAAGUUG